AUAGUGUCUGGUGUAGUUGUCGCAGUUUCAAGAUGGUGUGUACCGCCAAUUACAGCUCGAAUUUGCAUCAGCAUUGCUCAGAAGGAUAAACCUUACUACUUCUUCUUUCUCUCUGUAGAGUUUCUUUGGAUUUGGUCAGUCUGCCGAGCUAGAAGUAGAGCUCGCAAACUCGGCAACUCGUAAGCAAGUGGACGUUAAGAAUGAAGACGGAAAGAAGGAGAAAUUGUUUCUUUUCUACGACGGAGAAACUGUUUCUGGGAAGGUACCGAGUUCUAUUAAUUAGUAGUAUUGAGAUCUGAUCAUUGUGAUUUACGUAUUUGGUUAUUCCAUGGUUACAAUUGGAAUGGCGCACAAAUUCUUGGCCUAAAAAUGAAGGUAAAUUGGUGCAAAUAAUCGCUGUGCACACACGUAAAGAUUUCAAUCCGCGCACCAGCCAUUUGACAGCAAUCCUGCGUUGACAGAAGGCAGACAUACAACAUGUAAUGUUUACAGAUCGACUUGGAAGUUGCUAAACCUUAAAAUCCAUUUUAUGUAAGCGUACAUGUAGUGUAGGCAGGCUGACAUUUUACUACUUUGCAAAUUGUGGUAUGUUUAAUUUCUACAUAAUGCAGUGUCAAAUUACUUGGAUUAGCAAUUUCAUGUAAGAGGCCCUGCCAGGGUAAAUUCUGACAAGCGACAUGACCCAAAAAGUAGUGACAGAGCGUAAAAUGAAAUCACGACAAGAGACAACCUCCUUUGGCCAAAUGGCGACAGUGACUGCAAAGCCGAGAAUAAGCGACAAAGGAUGGUGGCUUGGCUUAUUAUCACCAGUCUGAAUGCCGAGAAGAAGUAAUUUUCAUCAAUUUUCCUUGCGCUGUACAUCUCUUGUCAAUGAGCUUCGGUGGUCACCCUCCUGUGAAUUGUGUUAACUGUGGAAUGGCAAUGUAUAGGUGUUUGAUAUGUGAAAUGUUAACUGAGAAAUUGCAGAACUGUAAUGGUUUCUUCACAGCGCAUCACUAUCCCCCUUUUCUAAAAUUCCGACAAAGGCAAAGAAUUUUCGUUUAAUUUCCGACAGUGACGUGAAGCAUUUAUAAACACCCACACAAGGCUUUUUAAAAUUCAGACGAGCUACAUGGGACCCCCCCUGGUAGGGCCUGAUGUAAACAAGAAGGAUAUUAUGGUGUACUAGUUAAACUUACAUUUAUUUGUGGAUUUAACAUUUGUUGUUAAAGGUGUCAUUAUUCCAAGAACACCCAUUCCCCCUGCCCCCACUGGGCAAAUGCCCUGGCAGUUAUUUUGUCAUGUUAAUUUUGAUCAGUUACCCACCAUAUCGGUUACAAAGACAGUUACAGGUGUAGAUGCCCUAAUUAGGGCUUUACAGGGAGUAUCAAAUAAACAAAUACCAGUAAAAGAAAGUCCAGAUGAAAAAAAGAAACAAGUUGCAUUUGCAUGAAGCAUCAGCAGUGCUAUCCUCCCAGGCUGCAUGGAUAUCUUCUUGUUCCUGCAAUGUGUCCUUGCUAAUGUCCCUGCAGUAAUUAUGUCCUCUUAUAUGUAUGUCCUGGCCCUUAGUUUUUAAGUGCUUUACUCAGUGGUGUCCAGAAACAUGUCAUUAACAUAAAUUGUUCAUUUAAUGCAGACUGUCACACCAUUUUGAUUUCAUAAGAAUUCUCCCGAUUUUGCUUGUAAACCCCAAAUCCCAACCAAUCUGCAGUUGCGAUAGGAAAAAUCCUGAUUUUGAUAUCUGUUUUUAUAUUUUCAAAUGAAUUCUUAUGAUACUUAUACAAGAACACCUAGACUCACAGAGUUACUGUCUUAACUGAAACUAAUAGCUAGAAAUCAUAAAAAAUGUAUGAAAUUUACAAUAAAAUCAAGUACUAAAAUAAGCAAAAGUAUGGCAAUCGAUUUAGCAAGACCCCUCUAGCAGCUCACACCUUUAGCGCUUGUGUGAUUUGUUGGUGGUUAAAAAGUAUCUUGAUUUUACAUACCCUCUUUAUAUACCCAAAAGGUUGGACAGUCUGAUAUGAUUUCUACAAAUUAUGCUUUUGUCCCAGUGAAAUAAUACUAUGUUGUAUUUCUGAACCAGACUGAUGAAUUAAGGCUUAGUGUAGAAUACUUCUCAUUACAAUUAUUUAAUUUGUGAUAUUGUUGUUCUCUUUUAUUGAAAAGGUGAAUGUAAAGCUGAAAGUUCCUGGAAAGAAACUGGAACACCAUGGAAUUAAAAUUGAGUUUGUCGGACAGAUAGGUAUGCAGAGAUUGUGUGUAUGUUAUUUUGUUACACUGAUGUAACAUUGUGUGAUUUUUUAAUUGAGGCUGCUGUAUGUUCAAUGGCACUUUGUCAUAGUGGGUUCAUUAAUUUGAUGAAAGUCCUGGAAGGUUUUAGGUCAGGGAUGCGCUUUAUAAAUCUACACAGUUUUGGAAUGAGUUUUGGUCCAGAACAAAAAUGAAGUAUAUACCUGUAUUUUGUUUUAUUAAUAGUAAAAAAAUAAAUAUUAAGAAUAUUUUAUUACCUGACAUUCAAUAGUGAAUCUUUGAUACAAACAUUAUGCGCAUAAAAUGGCUAUGCCUAAAAAAUUACCAGGUGAAGACUUUAAAGGAAUGGGCCUUUGCCAUUUUAAUGACUUUGGAAGAUGUCACAACUACAUUUCAGAAACAUUUGGUCUGAAAUAUAAUGUGUUUUUAAAGUCUGCAAUCAUUAUUCUCUCUAUUUUCAGAGCUUUUUUAUGACCGUGGUAAUCAUCAUGAAUUCACAUCAUUAGUAAGAGAUUUGGCACCCCCUGGAGAGUUGACACAGAGUACAAAUUAUGAUUUUGAGUUUGUCAAUGUGGAGAAGCCUUAUGAAACUUACACAGGAGCAAAUGUCAGGCUAAGGUGAGUUUGUACCCUUUUACUAGGUAACUAUAUGUCAUCUCAUUUGAGACACUGCUAUAGUACAUGUAACACUUGCUAAUGUUUGUGCAACUUGUCUUGAAAUAAUUAUUAUUUUUGUUGCACCAUAGCAAGACAAGUUCAAUCAGACAUUACUUAGUCAAUAAUGGAACACGCCAUGAAAUGGACAUGUAACAUUUUAUUGCAAACUUACUUAGAUCGUUCAGGUGUGGAUCUAUACCAGUUUCCACCGUUUCACACUUAUCGGUCAGAAUUUCUUUGUAAUAAAUAUGUUUUUAGGAAAAAACAAAACUUUCCAAGUUGAAAUCUGGAAAAUGGUUUGGACAGUCACUAAAUAUCCUGUCUGAAUGGGAGCAUGUCACUGGACCCCCCUUAGAAGCUUGCCCUUCUGGUGCUUGUUUAGGAUGUCAAUCAGGAUUAUUCAAGAUCUGCACCUGUCAUUUUUGUACUUUCUGCAAUGCUUGAGAAGCAAAAUCCUACAUUUAGAAGUACGUCAAACAGGAUGGUCAAUAAGAGUGUUGGGAGAUUUCCCUGCCCCUGCCCCUGUCUACUCUUAUAAGAACUAAAGGAAUUUGGAACCAAAAGAACUUCCUAAUUGUAUAAGUCCCUGCCUAUGUAAUUGCUGACCAGGCAACUAGAAAAUAUUCUAAUUUACAAUUUAAAUUUCAAUAUGAGUGACAGCCCUGCUAAAGUUGUAGAAAAAUUGUAAAUAUGCUCUAUCACUAUGUGUUGAAAUGGUCAUUGAAAUGGUAUAUGAAACGCUGCCUCAUGUACAUUGAAAUACUAUCUUUGCUUAUUGUAAUGAUAUUAAUGAAUUUUGUAACCCCCUAUUCACUGAUAGUCAUUCUUUGAUUUUGCACUGUCUUAAGGUAUUUCCUGCGAGUCUCCAUCAUCAGGCGAAUCAGUGACAUCUCUAAAGAGUUAGAUCUUGCAGUCCACACUCUGUCAAGCUUCCCUGAGAUGAAUAACAGGUACUAAUUAAAAUAUAUAACAAAAAGAAAGGUUCUAAGCCAAUAUAUGAGUUCUCCGUUGCUCAAAGUGGACAGAGCGCCCGCCCGGUGCUUGGGAGGUCAUACAUGUAGGUUUGAAUCCGGUUGGGGAUUUUUUCUUUGUCCCACUCUUGUGACUGAUCAUUUCAUCUUCAUAUAUGUAAGUGGUUGAAAAAGAACUCGGAAGCAUUUAGGCUUGAAUAUUUUCAGGUUCUUUUUCGAUGGCUUAGGUUUUCCAUUCUGAUGAUUCUGUUCAUUUCGAUUAUUCUGAUGCUUGGGCAUAAGUGCUGGGUUGCAAGAUAAUUAUUAUUGUGGAUAUUAAAAAUAGCAAUAUACAAUUCAAUACAUGUAGGAUGAAAUCAUCGUAAUAUAGAUCAUUAAUUAUGGUGUUGUUUCUUUUAGCAUCAAGAUGGAAGUUGGAAUUGAAGAUUGUUUGCAUAUAGAAUUUGAAUACAACAAGUCAAAGUAAGAUCAAGUAACAGCAGAUGUUUAUGCAGCUGGCAUGUGAUUGCUGUUACAUUGUACAUUUAUAUCAUUGUCUUGGUUUGGCUUGCUGCAAUGAAGACACUAUUGCUUUUACUAAUUGUUCUUGUCAAACACUGUACACUUUACUACCAAUGAAGGCACUAAACAUGCUGGUACGUUGUACUUGGUACAUGCAUUUUCUGAAAUUAAAGAUAUUGCCUGACUUUGGUGUUUACUCUUCCAGAAUAUUGGCCAAUUUUUUAAAGGUCUCUGAAAUACCUUUUGCUCAUUAUUAGUGAUUUGUUUUCAUAUCAACAUUUGCUUGCAAUAAUACUUCAGAUGGUGCAGCCUUUUUUGUAGUUCUUGAAUUUUGCUUGAACUUUAAGUUAAAAUGUUUUACUCUAAUGCAUCCCUUUACUUUCACACAUACGUAGCAGAUUCUCUACAAACCAUUUUUAACAUGUUUAUCAUUAACAAUAUUUUUACUUCAAUAAUGCUUGUCCAUCUAAGUUCUAAUUUAAGUGAAUUUUUAUCCAGAUAUCACUUGAAGGAUGUAAUUGUGGGUAAGAUUUAUUUUCUUCUUGUGCGGAUCAAGAUAAAACACAUGGAGUUAGCAAUUAUCAAAAGGGAAACAACUGGCACAGGUAGAUCUUUUAUUGUUAUUAUGAUGAUCUAGUUACUUUUGCUUAAUUUAAUAGUAUAGCUAAUACUGCGGUUGGAAGUCAAGUUGUACAAUGUACAUUAGGUAACAGAAAAUGAAAAGUUUACAGGAGUCAUCUCUUCUGUUGAUGUUCAAUGUAUGAAUCUUAGCAGCCGUGCUCUGUCAUCUUUGUUAUUAGCCCUUUUCCCCAGAGUGAUUAUCGUUACCAGUAUGUAGUUCUUCAGCUACAGUACUGGUGCAUGUGUCACAGGUCAAAAUUAAAUUCAGGUUAAAAUCUUUUAACCCAGGUUGAUUCUCUGUUUCCUUUGUCUCCUAGCCAUAAUUCAUGAAUAGUUAGGGCUACGAGACAAGAGAAAUUGAGAAUCAACCCAGGUGAAAAAAAUUUUACCUUAAUUUAAUUUUGAUCUGUAACAAAAAAAUCAUACAAUAGUGGCUACAGUAAAUAUUUAUCAGAUAACAUUCAGUAGUGAAUGUCUAUAACAUACUGGUUUAUUUCCAAACAGCUUGAUGAUGUAAAGAAGUUUUAAACUUAUGAAACUGUCAUAUUCAAAUAUUGGUCAUAGUAACUCAUUCUUUUAUUCAUUUUUUUUUUUUUCUUUAGGACCCAAUACCUACAAUGAAAAUGAAACAAUUGCCAAAUAUGAAAUCAUGGAUGGAGCACCAGUCAGAGGUAUUGCCCCUGAAUCAUUUCUCAGGUUUCCCAUAACCCCUCACACCCUACAGUAGCUGUGAUCAACAGUAAUUAUAAUUGAGAUUUUCCUAAUGCUGUAGUGCUGUUACUUAGUACAAAUGGAGAUUUGGUAACUAAUUUAUUUGCACCCUUUCCUUAGCUGGACAGGCUCAAACUAAUCUCUUAUUAAAAGGUUAAGAAUAAUAGCCGCAUUAUCAAAACAACUUUCUUUAAUUUACCAGACGUGUUUCAAUAGUACAUGUACAUGUAUGCGUCAUCUUCAGUGUUACAUAAUUAUUGUGAAAUUGCUCUUGAAUUUAAUUCGUGGGCAGUGUUACCAAGUUUGUUGCAUACUUCAAAGUUUCAAUUAGUGACAUCAAGGGACUUAAAGGGAGAGAGGCAGGUUUAUGUGUUUCACCUGCCGGUUGAGGUCGGUUUUCUCCCAUUUUAUUACAUGGAUUCCUUAAGCUUAACUCAGUACUUAGUAGCUGCAGAGUCAAAGAUCUUGAAGGAGUCCAGUGUGCAGGAUGUUCGACAAAACUCUGAACUCUGUAGACGUCUAAAACAAUCUGUUGGAAAGUUAGUGUUUGCGUAUCAGUGUGGAGAAAAUGUUGGCUGGUUUCGCCAGCAUAACAAGCAUUACAUCUUGCACAUACAUGCGAAGCCCUACAGGGACAGCAUCUUACACAUUUUAAUGCAUGAGCACCUACCUCACUCCAGAAUAAGUGGUGUUAUAUGGUCAAGAAAACAUGUUAUUACACAGCUGUAGUUAUAAUUCUUGCUGCAAAAUAAUUCUGGAUUUUUUGCAGCUUUGAGAUAUUAAUUUUCCUAGAGUUGAUGUGCUAGACCAUACUGUAGAACAAUAGUAUAAUCUUCAAAAUACCAACGUAUUUAGAACCUUCUCCAAUGUCCUGGUGUUGAGAAGAUGUCUCACCCUAUUUAUCCGACAUAAACUACCAACUGCAGUAAACAUGACAAAACAGGUUUUGUAAUAUGCUCAUCAAAGCUAAGGGUGGACUCUACUUGAAGUCCCAGGUCUCAUGGUACAUGUAAAUGGCCCUACAUGUACAAUGCUAAAAAGACAUUUAUCUCUGUUUUCACGAAAUAUGAAGUAGCUAGUAACAACAAUCUAGCAGUUUAGCAGAAGUCACUUUAGGGUUUUUUUAGCCCCAAUUUGGCAAUGAAGUGUGUUUCUUUUCUAGCAGCUACAUUAAUUUUGUUUUAUGUAUAUUCUUUUUUGUUUUAGGAGAAUCUAUACCUAUCAGACUUUUCCUUGCUGGUUAUGAACUGACACCAACUUUUAAAGAUGUCAACAAAAAGUUUUCUGUGAGGUACUUCUUAAAUCUUGUGCUAGUUGAUGAAGAAGAAAGAAGAUACUUCAAGCAGCAGGUAUGCCACUUUUAUUAUUAAUAAUUCAAAGAAGACAGACUGCAAAUUACUGUUAAAUAAUCUCCUCCACUAUAAAGCUGUGGCUUUAUUUGUCAUGUCCGUUGUGUUACAUAAAUUGUUAUGGCAUUUCCAUUUCCAUUUUCAGCAUAUUAACCAGCUUCUAGUGUAGUUAUAGGCACUGGAGCAUAUUUUCUACCGUGGCAUUCCAGGGUUCACACAGUCUUGAAAAGUCCUUGAAUUUAAGGAGGAGUCCUUGAAAAGUCCUUGAAUUUUAUUUUUACUUGAAAAGUCCUUACAUUUCUGUGUAAGUCCUCGAAAAGUCCUUGCAUUUUCUUUUGUAUUAUCUCUUAUAUUUGUUGUUUUAUGCAAGAAUUAACUAUUGAUCAAUUUAAUCAACUGAACUGAAAAAUGUUGAGAAGUUGGUGAAGGAAGCAGUUCAACCCGUAAACGUCCUACAGGGUGCAAAGGAAAUCAUUUUUACAGCUUGCCAUGUGGAAAAGCUGAAGCAGCAUUUACUAGCCCAGACGUCAUUUUAACAAGCCCCAAAAACUCUUUGUCCAGCAGAAUUGAUUUCACAGUUCUCUGUUAUUCGAAUUCCUCAAAAAACAUCACUUGCGCAUUGGACAAGUUAAAAACAGAAUUGACUAGCCCUAUAACAAAAUCCACUAGCCCCAUGCUAUCGGACACUACUUUCUUUGCGCGCUGUCCUAUUAGAAUGGACUGGGAAUGUGCCUUUUUGUACAAUCUGUGAUAUUACAUUCCUGGUAGGUGAACCUUGAAAAUUGAAUGCAGCCCUUGAAAAGUCCUUUAAAAAUGGUUGUAAAUUUUUGUAUGAACCCUGUAUUCCUGAAAAAUAUUGGAAUCUCUUUCUCCCUAUUUAGUAGUUAGAAACCCUGUAAGUAGCAUUUAAUUUCUCUAUCAAUACAUAAUCACAAACAGUACAUUUAUCUCCGGUUAACAUGUUAACCGGUUUAUGAAAUAAAUAAUGAAUGGUUGCAUGCAGUGACAUACAGUACAGUGCAAACACUGCUUUCUUGACGUAAAAGAACCCUGUUUUGGUCGAAAAGAUGUAUAGAGGGGAUGACUGUAUUACUAGCCAGUGUCACAGACAUAAUUUUAUCUCGGUUAGCAACGUCUGCAAAGCAGUGCCGAGAUCCUUGUUCUGGGCCCCAACGGACUCAACAAAUUACCGGAAGUGCGUUUCAAAUUUACUUUCAUCGUGAUUGGCAAAUCGGCAAUGUCUUUUUUGACAGGCCAAUCAUGGCAAGUAAUCAAAUCCUGGUACACAGAUGGGGCCCCAGAAUAAGGAUUUUGGUGCUGUUUUGCAGACAGACUUAACCAGAGUUUGGUUUUUUCUGUGGUGCAGGCUACUGCUUUACAGUAGUGAAUGGAUAUCGAUAUAAAGAAAAGUUGGUCAUGCAGAAAAAUUAAUUUAUUUUUAUUUGAAUUUUAAGUUUCUUCCAUUUGCCUACAGGUCUACAGGUACAAUUAAAUAUAAAUACAAGUGGCAUAUAGAUAACAUAGGUAGGGAAUCCUCUAGUGGCCUAGGGUGUUUAAGAUAAGGGGCCAAUGAAAGAGGUAUUUAAUUACAAUGUAGUAGGGCAUACACACAGUAUUAACAUCAUCCAUCUCUGUUUGUCUCUUAAAGGAAAUAGUUUUGUGGAGAAAAGGAGACAUAAAGAAAAAAUCAGGGAUCCUAACAGAGAAGCUAAAACACUCAAGAGAUGAAAACAAGCCAGCAGACAAUGAAGAGUAA